AUGCGACCACUGCGCAUAUUGAAUGUUGCUGAGAAAAAUGAUGCAGCGAAGGAGCUGUCCAGAAUCAUGUCUAGAGGACAGAGCUCGCGGGUAGGUAUGGGUAGGUAAAACGGGGUCCUGGAUGGGGGGUGGGUGGGGAGUUACUACUUCUGUGGGUAUGUGUCGCGCGACAGGUUCAUAAUUUUGGGGACUUUUGAUCUACACUCUUUUUUUCUAUAAGAAUAUAUUUUAUAAGAAAUAGAAUCUGAAAUUUACAAAAUUUAAAGAAUAAACCCCAGAUGAAGAUUUUGUGUGUUUGAAAACUGUAAAUACAAUACAGCUAUGUGUUUUCAACUUAUUCCAUUCUCUAAAUGGCAAAACUUGCCAACAAAAUGAGAAAACCUGCACUAACUGUAAUUGAUGCCCCAACAUAUUCUAAAACAGAAAUGACAUAAGCUAUAAUUUAAUGAUAAUACUGGAAUAUUUUUUGUCUAAAAUUGGCAGAAAAAUAAGAAUAUUCAGCCUGUGCCGGAAAAACAAUAUUCUUAUACAAAAAAAAGAGUGUAGACCAGAGAAGCUUUCUAGAAUGGGGUAUGAUAUUCCAAAUGUACAUUGCGCAUGGAGGCUUCAGUUUAUCAGCAGCCAUUUGAAAUUAAUAAUUAUUGUAUUCACGAAAAAAUUACUUAACAUAAUGUGUGGAAUUCAGCGUACAAAGAAAGUACUGUCCGAUAGGCCGGGGCUAGUGGAUUUUGCUAUCGGGCUAGUGAAUUCUGUUUUUAACUUGCCCGAUGGGCAAGUGAUGUUUUAUGAGGAAUUUGAAUAACAGAAGAACAAAAUGGUUUUGGGGCUAGUUGAAAUGACGUCUGGGCUAGUAAAUGCUACCUUCAGCUUGCCCGAAUGGCAAGCUGUAAAUAUGAUUUUCUUUGCACCCUGGAAUUUCAAGAACUGUUAUCGUAGUUUUUGGUAUCAUUUUGAGUGGAUGUUUUAUAACACAGAGUCCAAAUUUGAACACCCAGGCAGCACAUACCCACCCAAAACAUACCUGAGUACCCCCACCCCCCAGGGACAGAGUAGGAUGGGAGAAGGGUUACAGGAAUCAUCUCUAUCAUAAGACACCAGAAAUACAUGUACUGAGAAGUUUAUAAUAACACCAUUAACUUAUCCACCACACAAUAAGGCAGUAUCUUAUUUUCCGGCCAACUGGGCGGAGUAAAGUUAAACUUUGGCAGGUAUAAGGUCACUGCAAAUAGGCACAGCUUAUAAAAUUCCAGAUUGUUUUAGAAGUGCCAUCCAUUGGAUAACCUGUACUAAUGCAAGAUGAUUAGAUAAGUGUUUCUUACUUUGGCUGAAAACCUACUGUGAUUACCAGCAAAACUGGUUUUAACCAGUUUUUAAAGAAGUCAAAUUUAGUAAUAUGUUAGCUAAACAUGUAUGUUCAAGGGUGCAAUUUUGUUAUAACCUUUACUUACCUAAAAUUUGGUUUUGAUUACUGAGUUGAUGAAAUCACUGUGCCGCAGUGAAAAGAUUGAAAAGUUGCUGUUUCGAGUUUGCUGUUUUUUACAGCUUGUGUGCCCAUGCUGUAGUUUACAAAUUAACUGCAAGAAACUGUGUUGAAUAAUUGAUGCUGUUGUUUUUGGCUUUGAUUUCUUUGCAGAGAGAAGGGUUCUCAAAGUUUAACAAGAUUUAUGAGUUUGACUACAACAUUUUAGGAAGUGUGAGUAUUUGAAAUGCAUCUCUUUUCUUAGUUAAUCACCUUUUAGAAACCUUUACACUUCAUAUAUUAAUUUUUUUAUUCUCAAUAAUUACAUAUAUACUUGUAUGUAUUGUACAUUAUAAGCAUAAAAAUUUCGUGUCUCUUGUGGUUUCACUAAUAACAGAAUGCCAUAAUGGUGAUGACUUCUUUGUCUGGACAUAUGAUGACGUUGGACUUUACAGCCAGUCACCAAAAAUGGUAUGGCAAAAGACUGAGACAAGGCUGUAACUCAUUGUUUGCAAUUAUGCAGCAUAGUUUACAUAGUUAUACAUUGUAAAAUGGCAGGGUAUCUUUUGGGGGAAACAUUGUGGUUUCCAUUCAGUGAAGUGGUUUGCUCAUUACUUUCCUGCAGUACUUUACCUGUUUAGUUCUAUAUUGAACCUUGAUAUGAGCUGAGGGAUGGUCUUAGCGGUAGACCAAUAGUCCUCCCAACCCAAGUCUCUCAUCACUGAAAUUAACUACAACCCUGGUCAAAACUCUCGGGACACUAAUGCAAUAGGUCAUCAAAUUAAGGCAUCUUCACUUCCCCCUUCACCCCCAGUGCAGUGUUGAAGUUAUGCAUUCAAGUUGAUUUCAACACCAUCAACACUGCUUGGGUGAGAGGGGGACAGCAGAAAUACCCCCUUAUAACAACAUCCCCAAGAUUUUUUAAGAGGUAUAAUAUGAGUUAACUCAGCAAAGUGCGUCUUUGUGCCUAAUUUCGUCAAGUGUCCCAAGAUGUUUUGACUAGGGUUGUACAGGCAAUUAUAAGUUUUAAUCAUAUCUAUUUCAAGGAAUUCUGGUUAUUUUUCAGUUUUCCACUGUUGUUAAUUCCUACAGGCAUAGUUGUUCCCCAGUAGCACUGUUCAGUGCACCUGUUAAAAAGUUUGUUGGAGAAAACUUUCUUCCAAUUAAAGUAAGAGCUUAAAAUAAUAAUAUAUGUGUGUCAAGAUUCAGCAAUUACAGGGCUGUGCUCAAGCAGAGCUCUCGCUCUACAAGCUCAGUACCCUAGAUUUUACAGGCUGAGAGCGCUAGGUCCACUUCAAUUUCCUUAGUGCACGCCUUUGAUUUAGCAUGAUUUGCCUGCUAAAUUCUAGACAGUACAUGUUACUUAUCUGAAUAAGUUGCAUUGCUAAUACAUUAAAAUUCAGCCAUGUUUACACCUUUAAUAAUGUCUUUUGAAUUAGAAAUAAGGCAAUAAUAUUGUGUAUAUUAUAUAAAACUAAUUAAGCUUUGAUUCCAAAUAAUUAUUGUUUUACAGAGGACUUUGGAAAGAGAAGUGCGUGGCUGUGGAGUCUUAAUUAUCUGGACUGAUUGUGAUAGAGAAGGAGAAAACAUAGGAUUUGAAGUCAUUGAUGUGUGCAAAAAUAGUAUGUUAUUUAUGACAGCAUUGUUUCUCCCUUAUUUUAACAUGCUUGCAAAAAACUAUUACUAUAUUUGACAGAAUUAAUAGUCUGAAAGGGUGCUUAGUUUUAAACAUACUGAAACUUAAAUGUGUUAAUCAAAAAUAAAAGGUAUUGAACUUUAUGUUGAUUAUUAAACUAAUGCUUCUGUUUUCCUUUUUCUUUAAGUCCGUCCAAACAUAAGGAUUUAUCGUGCAAAGUUUUCUGAAAUCACCAAUCAGUAAGUAGAAAAUUCAGUAUUGUCAUUUAAAAAGCUGUGAAAAUCAUUUCAAAACCUUUACUUUUUUCUUAAAGGCAGCUCAAAGUUGCCAUAGAAAACUGCUGGCAUGCUAACUGUGUACAGGUAAAACUGUACUAUUUUCAGAGAAAGCAUGGUAGAGUGGUUAGAGUGCUAGACUUGCAAUCCAGAAGUCCUGAGCCGUGACCUCUUGUUGGAUAGGUUUCUUGGUAGCCCCAAGUUCAAAUCCUUGACUAUGCUUGUAAAUAGGCAACUAGUUUGACUCCAGCCAGGUGGGAUUCUUAGCCCUGUUGUGUUGUAUACAUUACUAACAUUAUUAUUUAUUUUAGUCAUUGAUUUGCUCAGCCCGACUUGCUGUUCUGCUCUAAUUGGUGUAGAUGGUAACUAAAGGAAAUUCAUGUUUCAUUUGUUAUUUCAGAUCAGUUACAAGAGCUGUACAAAAUUUAGUUGAGCCUGAUGUGUUGCAGGCACAAGCAGUGGAUGUUAGGAUGGAGCUUGAUCUUAGAAUAGGUAUGUUACAGGUCAACAUUAAAUUCAAGGGUAAAAUUUUUUAGCCUAGAUUGAUUCUCAGUUUCCUUUGUCUCCUAGCCCUGAUUAUUUGUGAAUUAGGGCUAGGCAACAAAGGAAAUUGACAAUCAACCUACAUGUAGGUUAAUAAAACAUUUUGACCAGUGUAACAGGUAUAUCCUAGAUUUUGCUCGUACUUUCAUCUGUGCCUUUCAAUAAUUCACAUAAUAUUCAAUUUACAGUUCAACCUCUACAAUGGCCGUUUCUUUCUCACAGAAUCCAUCCUUUGUAAUAAGGCUCCCAAGAUAGUUAAAGUACAUUUCUUGACUUAAUUGUUUACCAUCAAGAAAGAUCUUGAAUUCCUCACCAGGCCUCUUACUGAUUUUCAUGCACAUCCUGGCAAUUAUCAUAUGACCUAUACAGCCUGCGUGCACUUUUCCAUAAGGCUGUAUGAGGGCCAUAUGCAUCAAGUUAUAGUGCCAGAAAAACACAUAUGGCCAAGCUAGUAGAAAAAUGCACGCGAAUAGAGGCAAAAAGGGGUGCCACUCUGAUAUGUUUUAGCUCUGUCAGAAAAAUUAAUUAUUGGCUGAGUUAGGUCAGGCAAGACGGGAAAACCUUUGGCCCUCAGUCAGAAUGCACGGACCUCAAGCCAAAUAUUUUCCUGCCCGGCCCUCCCACUUUAAAUAGUCAAUAUGCGCAUAUUACUUUAAUUCUUUUCUUGUUGGGUAGGUGCUGCAUUUACUCGGUUUCAAACCUUAAGGCUGCAGAAAGUUUUUCCCGACGUUUUGAGUGAAAACCUUAUAAGUUAUGGUAAGUAUUUUCAAUGAUAACAAAACUUUAAUUGUUACAUUUUGUAGAAAAUAGGGCAGCCUUUUUUUCAUUUUUAAUGAGAUACUACGUUUACUCUGCUUGUUAAUAUGUAGAGUGCUACAAACUACCCUUAUCUGACAGACAUUUAUUGAUCUCUUGUUUUAGGCAGCUGCCAAUUUCCUACUUUAGGUUUUGUUGUUGAAAGAGUAAGUGAUUAGUUUGCAUUAAAUAGUCUUGUAUAUCCUAGUACAUUAAAAUGAAUCAUAAGUCAAAAUGAUUGCAGACUAGUUCAGGUCUGUCACUAUUAGGGCUGGCUAAUUAAACUAUGUUGUGUGUCUUUUUCCCUAAGUAUAAACAGGUGCAGCAGUUUGUGCCAGAGACAUUCUACAAAAUUAAAGGUGGGUAUAGUGGUCCUUCGAAUCCCGCAUAGUGUGGUGCAAAUAAAUUAUUUAUUUUUCAGCCAAUUCAUUUUUUGAUCAUUACUAGCAUUACUGACCAUAGAAGAAAUUUGUUUGUGCAAUUUUCUUGAAAUUCAUCAAAUUGUUAAUUGUCUAAUAAUUACUUUUGAGUGGACAGGAUAGUAAUAAAAUCAGUUUUCUUUUAGUUACUCAUCAAGUAGAAGACACAAAAGUGGAUUUUACCUGGAGAAGGUAGUUUUUUUUGUCAUGUCAAAGUUACACGUAACAUUACUUUAAACUACUUAAGGAGGUUCUGACUAUAUUAGCAUUUUGUAUUCCUAAAUUUUAACAUUGAUUUGAAUGGAUUGGAAUGCUCUUGCUUUUGUGAUUUGCAUUUCACCCUUGUGACAAUUCAUGAUCCUAGG